CUUGGGUUGCUCUUCGGGCCCGGCCGGAGCUGGAGCUUCGGACAACCUGCUGCCGUCGCUGCCGUCGCUGCUCUCUCUGCCUCCGCUGCCGCCGAUGGCUGUCACCAUGAAUGAGGACCUGCGCAGGGAGCGGGCCUCCGCCAGCUUCAACCCGGAGCUGCUCACGCACGUCUUGGACGGCAGCCCGGAGAACACCCGGCGCCGCCGAGAGAUCGAGAACCUGAUUCUGAAUGACCCAGACUUCCAGCACGAGGACUUGAACUUCCUCACCCGCAGCCAGCGCUACGAGGUGGCUGUUAGGAAGAGUGCCACCAUGGUGAAGAAGAUCAGGGAGUUCGGCAUCGCAGACCCUGAUGAAAUCAUGUGGUUCAAAAAACUACACAUGAUCAAUUUUGUGGAUCCUGUGGGCGUCCAUUUCUCCAUGUUUAUUCCCACCUUGCUGAAUCAGGGCACCACUGCUCAGCAUGAGAAAUGGCUGCUUUCCUCCAAAGGACUCGAGAUAAUUGGCACCUACGCCCAGACGGAAUUGGGCCACGGAACUCAUCUUCGAGGCUUGGAAACCACAGCCACUUAUGACCCUGAAACCCAGGAGUUUAUUCUCAAUAGUCCUACUGUGACCUCCAUCAAGUGGUGGCCUGGUGGACUUGGAAAAACUUCAAAUCACGCGAUAGUACUUGCCCAACUCUACACUAAGGGAAAAUGCUACGGAUUACAUGCCUUCAUUGUACCUAUUCGUGAAAUUGGGACCCAUAAGCCUUUGCCAGGCAUCACUGUUGGGGACAUUGGCCCUAAAUUCGGCUUUGAUGAGACGGAUAAUGGCUACCUGAAGAUGGACCAUUAUCGUAUACCCAGAGAAAACAUGCUGAUGAAGUAUGCCCAGGUGAAGCCUGAUGGCACAUACGUGAAACCCGUGAGCAACAAACUGACCUACGGGACCAUGGUGUUCAUCAGGUCCGUCCUUGUGGGGGAAGCUGCUCGCUCUCUGGCUAAGGCGUGCACCAUUGCCAUCCGCUACAGCGCCGUGAGGCACCAGUCUGAAAUCAAUCCCGGUGAACCAGAACCACAGAUUUUGGAUUUCCAAACCCAGCAGUUUAAACUCUUCCCACUCCUGGCCACUGCCUACGCCUUCCAUUUUGUAGGCGCAUACAUCAAGGAGACCUACCAUCGCAUCAACGAGGACAUCGGCCAGGGCGACCUGAGUGAGCUGCCCGAGCUUCAUGCCCUCUCCGCCGGGCUGAAGGCUUUCACCUCCUGGACGACUAACACUGCCAUCGAAGCCUGUCGGAUGGCCUGUGGCGGCCACGGCUAUUCUCACUGCAGUGGUCUUCCCAACAUUUACGUCACUUUCACUCCGACCUGCACCUUUGAGGGAGAAAACACUGUCAUGAUGCUACAGACAGCCCGGUUUCUCAUGAAAAGCUAUGACCAGGUGUGCUCGGGAAAGUUGGCGUGUGGCAUGGUGUCCUACUUGAAUGACCUGCCCAGUCAGCGCAUCCAGCCACAGCAGGUGGCAGUGUGGCCGACGGUGGUGGACCUCGGCAGCCCCAGCAGCCUCGCAGACGCGUAUAAACUUCGUGCAGCCAGAUUAGUAGAAAUUGCUGCUAAAAACCUUCAAACUGAAGUGAGUCACAGGAAAAGCAAGGAGGUAGCAUGGAACCUAACUUCUGUUGACCUUGUUCGAGCAAGUGAGGCACAUUGCCACUACGUGACAGUGAAGCUCUUUGCAGAGCGGCUCCUCAAAAUUCAGGAUAAAUCCAUCCAAGCUGUCCUGAGGAAUCUGUUUCUCUUGUAUUCUCUGUAUGGAAUCAGUCAGAAGGCGGGGGAUUUUCUUCAGGAGAGAAUCCUGACAGACUCUCAGGUCACCCAAGUGCACCAGCGCAUCAAGGAGUUACUGACCAGCAUCCGCCCGGAGGCCGUUGCUUUGGUUGAUGCGUUUGAUUUUCAGGAUGUGUCGCUGGGCUCUGUGCUCGGCCGCUAUGAUGGGAAUGUGUAUGAAAACUUGUUUGAGUGGGCCAAGAUGUCCCCACUGAACAGAGAAGAGGUCCAUGAAUCUUACUACAAGCACCUGAAGCCGCUGCAGUCCAAGCUCUGAAGGUGACAACAUUGCCCUCUGCUCCCCCUGCACCUGGCACACGGAUCUGCUUGGAAUCUCAACUGAAUUCAGAGAGCUGGCGAACAUGCUCAGUGGACCCCCUUCCUCUUUAUAAACAAAGAAAACAGCUUUGAGAGAGUAAAGGGAAAAAAAAGUAUUUUAAGUGCAAUUAACAUUGAAAGAGACUUGCUAAGUAUUCAGAAAAAGCUUUAAGAAAGGCAAUAUGAUUUCCCUUUGUAACACUGCUGAUCCGAGGCCAUAACUGUUGAUAAUUUGUAGAAUUUAACUACUAAGUAGUUAAUUUUUUCACAUCUUAAUUGCUAAUCACUGGAUAUAAGUGUUUAUAAACAGCUAUUUUUAAAGUGGGCCAGAACCCUUCUAAACUUUCCUGCUAAGUGCCCCACUGCUCCCACCAUGGCUCUGGCUUAAAAGAACUGAAGAAAACGGAUUGGGGAAAUAAACUAAUCAGGACAUUUGGUGUGAGUCUGUGCUUAACACUUUUUCUGCCUGCUUGCCCUUGGUUGCUGACAUAUUUUCUUUUGUUCAUGGUAGUAGUUUUCCAACACAGGGAUUUCUUCAACACAGGCCUAUUGCAAAAUCAUUGUCCUCUGUAAUUGGGAAUUAAUCUUCCAUUUGAAGGAUCCCUAAAUUGUCACUGUAGUAGCACUAUGGCUCCCUUUGUCCCCAGUAUCUUGGGAAGAGGGAGGUGGCAAAGAUUUAUCUACGUAGAACCUUUGGCAGCUGAUGGGACAUCGAUCAGUGGUGUUUGGUCUCCCCUAACCUAAAAGAGGUGCUGAAGAAAGGAGAAAAAGUCAGGGUUCCUUCCUGAUAGACUAUAAGUAUAGGGAAACCUGUCAGUUAUGGUUACUGUAACUUUGGUGACCACAUUAACUGGAGAGUCGAGCGAUCCAGAUUUCAUAUAUGCUGUCAUUUUGGCCUAAACCAUUAAAAGGCUUGGAGGUUCCGGUCUCUGGCAUGGUAAAAGUCAAAGCACCACUCAAGUUACCUCUUACCCACAGGAGAGGCACAGAAAAUCCUUUGCAAACCAUGUGUUCUGAUUUUUGGAUCAAAAAAUAUAAUCAUUGCCUGGCCAGUGUGGCUCAGUGCUUGAGCGUCAGCCCCUGCACCAAGAGAUCACCAGUUUGAUUCCUGAUCAGGGCACAUGCCCAGGUUG